AUGGAAAAACUAAUAAACAUUAAAGAACUUACUCCAUUUAUUACAAAUUUGAUUGAAAAAAUUCAAUUACUGGAUUCCACCUUGGCAACAAGGGAAAAGAAAAUAAAUUGUGUUGAAGAAAUAAAUAACAUAGUCGCAGAUAUUCACAAAGUUUUUGUUUCUUCUUUUAUAAAUGUUGACGAUAAUGAAAACAAUAAAAUAUUAAAGGAAAAAACAGAAAGAAUUUUUAGCAGAUUCGAAUGGAAUGCUAAUGUAGCCGUUUCUCCAGAUGAAUUUCAAAAACAUUCUGGCAACAUAAAAACAUUUAUGUCAUCUGUUUUAAAAUUAUUGGGAACCAAAGGAUGUGGAAUUUUAAUUAUUGAAAUUUACCUUAAAUUAUGUUCUGAUAUUGGUUAUCAAAUGGAAACCAUGGAAAGAAAUAACCAAAAAAUAGAAUGUAACAAUUUUUCAGCAUUGUUUGAUAGUAUUGUUGCGACAAUUCACAUCUUACAAAAAUAUUGGUAUCUGACUUUUGUAAACAGUCAAAAAAAUUUAAUCGCUCUUUGUUUAAGUCAAAUUUGCAAGAUAUUACCUUUCUUAUUGAAAAUGAUCGAAGUAAACAAUUCAUUUAAUGCAAAAUUUUCUCUGAAAUUAUUAAAUCAGUGUUUCAAUAAAUUAUCAAAAGUUGUUUUUAAUGAUGAAAAAAAAGAAACUGAGAAUUGCGAUCAAGAGUUUUUAAAUUUAAUGAAUUUUUGCAUAAAAAAAUUCAAUAACUUAUCGGAAAAUUUUCUCGAUUUAAAAAGUUACAUUGAAAAUGCAGAAGAAACUAUAAAAUUAGUAAAACCGAUAAUCGAUGAGAUUUUAUGUUAUGCUAUGUCGAUUGCUCACGUCACAAAAUCUGAAAUUUAUCAUUCUGUUAUUAUGAAUAGUUGUUCAAAGGUGUUACAAGAUUUUAAAGACUUAAACGAAAGUUUUGUUCAAAAAGACAUAAAUAAAAUCAAACUGAAUGCUUUAUCGAUUGGAGAAUCCAUUUGCAACGUGGAAAGACAAGUCAACACAGCUGUAUUGUAUUUAGUUUUGGAUGUUUUUUCUGGAAUAAAUUGCCCGUUAAAAAACCUAAUUGAAAAAUGUAAAACGGAAAUGUUCAAUAAUAAUAAAACAAUGGAUGAUUUAAAUAAUUUAGUGUCCGAAUUCGAUUUACAAAUGGAUAAAAUAAUGCAAAUUGGUUUUUUUACCAUUUCCUGCUCUAACAAUAUUAACAGAAAUUUAAGGAUUCUGAGUUGUCUUACUUGUUUGGAAACAUUAGAAACUGAACUUAUUCCAUGUUUAACUGAAUUAUAUAUUGAUUGCAACCCGAAUAGUAAAUCAAACUUUCAGUACUUGAUUGAUUUUUGGUUAACAGAAUUAACAGAAUUAAAAAUUUUAAUUGAUUCUAUCAUAGAUCCAGCCAUCAAACAAAUACGAUGUCAAAUUGAAAAUUUAAAAAAUGAAUAUGAUUCGAUAAAUGCUACUACUGUACUAUAUAAAAUUGUCAGAUACUCGAGAAAAUUAUUAAAAACUGUUAAGACAAGCCUAAAGGAUGAUAGUGACAUUCCUGAAGGAACAGAGAAAUUAAUUCAUUGCGUUCAAUUAAUGUUGGAAAGAGCAUUGAAAAGAGGAGAAUACUUAUUACAAACUGUGUCGGAAUUGUCUUUAAAUUUAUUCGAAUUAGCUUAUAAUGAAAAUAUGAAGACACAAUUAACAGCUUUAAUCCCUCAAAAAGAUUAUUUCAAAUUGUGUACUAAUUCUUCUGAUGAAAAAAUAUCAAGUCCUACUAGUACAGAAAUUUUAACCCCUUAUAUUAAUGAGGGUGUGUUAAGAAGUAAAAAAAGAAAUUUAUUCUAUUCUACACCAUCAGAAAAAGAAGAAAAUUUAAAUGAAAAUCGACAAAAAAAUUUAGAUAAGAUUAAAUUAAAUUGGAACAAUACUCCGAAAUCAAUGAAAAGAAGUCGUUGUUGCAAACCGUUAAAUUUAAAUUUAGAACUUGAAAAUAAUAUAGAUUUGGAAUUGACAUCGAUAUUACAAAAUUUAACUUGUCUAAGACAAACCUUACCUUCAAACACGAAUAAAUCAAUCGAAACGGAUGUAAAUGAAUGUCGGCAAAAAAAAAAAGAUGCCAUUUGCGACACCGAUAAUGUAACACAACCCAUAUUGAAAUCGAGCGGAUGCUGUGCAAAUUUCAAUUCAGAAGAAAAUGAAAAAAACUCAAUGGAUGAUGAUAAUUUGACCGAAAAUAACAUCACACAAGAAGAUGAAAAUAUAAAUUUUUCCGAUUCUCGAUUAAGAAAUAAUUUAUUAAAUUCAUUAGAUUCUCUAACGAAAAAUUCAAGUUUAGAUUGUCCGAAAUCCAAUUCCGAAUGCGAAUUAAAUACGUUUGAAAGAUUAAACGAUAUAAAAUUUGUUGAAAAAAAAAUUGAUUACAUUAAUAAUUAUGAAAAAAAAAAUUUCAUACCUUAA